GCCACACUCGUAUAACGAACGCAGAGAGAGAUAGAGAUCGGUUCUAUAGUUUGGCCGGAAAAUGGCCGAGUACUCGCCGUUAAAGGCCGAUGAAACAGGUCAGGAGCGACUUCCUUCUAUUGAGGUUGCCGCCAAGAGAAAAGGACGGCCAAAUCGCGUCACUUCUCUAGAUGUGUUUCGCGGCCUCUGCGUAGUUAUUAUGAUGCUUGUGGACUAUGGUGGUCCAUUAUUUCCUUCUAUUGGUCAUUCUCCAUGGGAUGGUGUGCACCUGGCUGAUUUUGUGAUGCCUUCGUUUCUUUUCGUUUCUGGAAUAUCACUUGCACUUGUUUUUAAGAAUGUCUCAGAUCGAGUGGAAGCCUCGCAAAAAUCACUAAUGAGGGCUUUGAAACUCUUUCUUUAUGGUGUUAUUCUUCAAGGGGGUUAUCUGCAUGGAACAACUUCUCUGACAUACGGAGUAGACAUUGGAAGGCUACGUUGGAUGGGUAUUUUGCAGAGGAUAUCUAUUGGAUAUGCAAUUGCAGCCUUGUGUGAAAUAUGGCUUCCCACUCGAAAGCCUAAAGGAACUUCUUGUCUCAGUAUUUAUUUGUAUCACUGGUGCACUAUGUGUGCCUUAUUGGUGUUAUACUUGGCAUUGACAUAUGGUCUAUAUGUUCCUGAUUGGCAAUUUCAAGUAUUGAGCUCAACUUCUUCUCUGGUAUCUUCAAACAGUACCACUGUUUACAAGGUUUCAUGUUCAAGAAGAGGUGAUCUUGGACCCGCAUGUAAUGCUGCUGGAAUGAUAGAUCGUUAUGUUCUUGGUAUCAACCAUUUAUACAAGAAACCUGUGUACAGAAAUUUGAAGGACACGUUUAUAGUAUAUAUAUUUUUACAGGAAUGUGGAACAUCAGGAAAUCAACAUAUUGUGGAGAUUUCACCUUCGUGGUGCCUUGCCCCAUUUGACCCUGAAGGUAUUCUAAGUUCCUUGAGUGCAUGUGUUUCAAGCAUAAUGGGACUACAGUUCGGGCACAUUCUUGUUCAAUUACAGGACCAUAAAGAGCGAUUACAGAGGUGGUUCUUGUAUUCUGUUGCAUUAUGUCUCCUGGGCUUGUUCCUUUGUAUACUUGGUGUGCCAUUGAAUAAGUCGCUGUACUCAGUAAGUUACAUGCUGGUCACUACUGGCGCUGCGGGAAUGACAUUUUCGUUUCUAUAUUUACUGGUUGAUGUUUAUGGUUUUAGAAGAUUGACAAAUGCAUUUGAAUGGAUGGGUAAACAUGCUUUAAAUGUAUUUAUUCUGGUCAGUUCAAACUUAGCUGUUAUAGCCAUCCAAGGGUUCUACUACUCCGUUCCUGAAAAUAACAUUGUAAGAUAA